CGGCACGAUGACGAAUACUGGAGGUAAAGUAGUCGCCAAUCUGCGACAAAAGUUCGUGUCGCCAAAGGUAUUGCGAUGGUUCCCGGGGCAUAUGACGAAGGGUCUGAAACAGAUGCAGCAGCGAUUGAAAAAUAUCGAUUGCAUCCUAGAGGUUCACGACGCUCGGGUACCGAUUUCCGGACGUUAUGCAGACUUUAGCAGAACUUUGACCGGCUUGAAGCCACAUAUACUUGUACUAAGCAAAAAAGAUCUAGCCGAUAUGAGAUACACAGACAGUACAGUCUCUAUGUUGAACAGAGAAGGGCUGUCCAACAUAAUCUUUACAAACCUGAAAAAUCAACAAUGCAAAGGCAUGAAGAAGAUUUUACCUCUAGCCAAGAAGUUGAUAUUAAAUUCACAGCGUUACAAUAGAAUGGAAGAAGAAUCUUACUCCAUGAUGGUUAUUGGUGUACCCAAUGUUGGAAAGUCCUCUCUGAUUAAUUGUUUGAGAAACAAUCACCUUCACCUUUCAGGCAAAGCUACUCCUGUUGGCGGAAUGGCUGGUAUCACACGAUCCGUAAUGACUCAUAUAAAAAUAUCAGAGGAUCCUGUAGUGUAUCUGAUUGAUACCCCGGGUAUCCUAGCUCCUUCCAUCAAUGACGUUCAUGCUGGCUUUAAGUUAGCCUUAGUGGGAUGUCUGCAAGAUCAUGUAGUAGGAUCGUAUAUGCUUGCGGAUUACCUACUAUUUUGGCUGAAUACAAAUGACAGAUUUGAAUAUGUAGAUAAAUUAGGUUUGCCAGAACCAAAUGACAAUGUGUCAUAUAUACUCACGUUUAUUGCUGCAAAGUUGAAAAAAACCGUGAGAAUAAAAAGCUACAACAAUCAGAAACAAGUCAUGCCUGAUUUAAAAUUUGCAGCAGACUACUUUAUUAGUUUAUUUAGGAAAGGAGAAUUUGGAUCCUAUUGCUUAGAUAUAAAUUUAUUAGAGACUUCACAAAAUUACAAAAUUAGUUUAGCGUAG